AUGAAUGAUGACAUCGGUGGUAACAAACAUUCUAUUGAUAUACAGAGUCGUACCUAUGUGGGCCUUAAUGGGAAGGCGAUGACAUACUGUGGGGCUACCCUAUCUAGCAUAAACGCGGUGACUCCCUCUUGUGAACCCGACACAGGUGGCACCCAGAUGCAAUCGGUGUCUGUUGAACCGGGUACUGGUACUUCCGCUAAAGUGGGAGCAGGGGAGACAAUGAAAGGUCAAACCAUGGUACAGGAUGAUCCAGCGGAUAUCCGGCCUGUUUUAUGCCCACCGCCAAGGCAUUCUUCCUCCCAUUCUACCCAAGACAAUAUUUCCUGCACAACACAACAUUCUCAUCUGAAUACAGCUGGUCCAUCACGUCUACGCUCUUCUCGGCCUAAAAAAACAGAAGGUGUUCGUAUACGUACCCCACGCAGGGCAGCGUUUGCAUCAACAGAAAUGCGAGCCGACUAUGAGGGGGACUCAAGGAACUCUUAUCAUCACUUCAACUCCUCGAAUUGUCGGUUUUUCUACUGGACUUUGGCAUAACAUCAAACGGUUACUCC